AUGAUUAAAAAUUUGAUAAAAAUUUUUUUAAUUGCCUUACUUUGCACAGUGACAGCAUCGCCGAUUACAAAUGAAGAUCCUGAAGUAGUGAAUCACUCAAAUGAAGUAGAAGUUGAUGGUCAUAAAGAAGAAUAUCGUCUGCCUCAUGAGACAGAACCUCGACUGUAUGUUCUGGAGUUUGAUCCGGAUUUUGAAGGUGAAAAAUUUACUUUUAAAGGAAACGGCACCAUUUUAUUCGAAGUACUUCAGCCGACCACUUCCGUAACUCUGCACAGGUCAAAUAAAAUAGUGAUAGAUCCAGAUUCUGUAGCGAUUGUCGACGAAAAAGGAAUUUUUUAUCAUCCAGUUAAACAAGACUGGAAUUCAGAGAAUGAUUUUUAUACAAUUAAGUUUGAGAAGAAAUUAGAACCUGGAAAUUAUACUCUGAAAAUUAACUGGGUCAGUGAUGAUUAUGAAAAUGAUUGGUUUUCUACUGACUACGGUUUUUUUCGGGCACAAGAACAACUUACAAAUGAAAAUUCUAGCUACCUGAUUGCAACUCUUUUCCAACCAAUAAGCGCUCGUACUGCAUUUCCGUGCUGGGAUGAACCUGGCUUUAAAGCUCAGUUUGAAAUUUCUGUAAAACACUCUCCGAAUUACACAGCGCUGUCAAAUAUGCCUGAAAAAAAUCACCAAGAGCUUGAUGAUGGCAGAGUCAUGACUAACUUUGAAAGAUCUGUAAAAAUGUCGUCAUACAAUCUAUGCAUAGUUGUCGCCAAUUGUACGUCUAUUAAAAGUACCGAGAGAAAUAUAUCUUUUUAUGGAUUUUACAAUUUACAUGACCUGGAAUUUUCAUUGAAAAUCAGCGAGAGUGCUGUUAAAGUACUGGAAGCUUACACUGAUAUGCCAUACUCGCUGCCGAAACUCGAUCAAUUGACUAUUCCUCAGCUAUUAGAUAUGCCUGCAAUGGAAAACUGGGGGCUCAUUACAUACCCAACGAUGUCCGUAAGGUUCAAAAAUACAACUUUAAUUCCGGACGUUGAUCAACAGGAUAAUGUAGCAUUCUUAGUGGCUCAUGAAGUGUCGCAUCAAUGGUUUGGAAAUCUUUUAGAAGGAGGUAAACGCGCAAUGGAUACUUUUACAAUCGAAAAUAUCAAUGAUGCAAUGGAUCAAGAGCUUCCUCCCCAUCGUGCAAGUGCAAUUAAAGUAGAACCUAAAGACAAACAUGGUAUUAUUCAAAUGUUUGGCUCAGCAACAUACUACAAAGGUGCUGGAAUUUUACAAAUGCUUGAAAAUGUUAUCGGUGAAGAUGUAUUUCGUCAUGGAAUCCGUCGAUAUUUAAAAGCACAUAAAUUUGGUGCUGUUACAAGUGAUGAUCUUUGGGCAGCUUUUCAAGAAGCUUAUGAUGAAGUUCAUAAAGAAAAUUCAUUGAACAUUAAAGACUUUAUGGAUCCUUGGAUCCUGCAAAAAGGAACUCCGGUCUUAAAUGUUGCUCGGAAUUAUGAAACAGGCGAAACAAAUAUUACUCAGACAAAUUCUUGGGAUGAUUUAGAUGCACAGUGGACAAUUCCGAUUAAUUAUGCGACUAAAUCAAACCCUGAUUUUUCUUCAACUCUUCCAACUUUGUGGAUGAAUAAAAAUGAGACAACAAUUACGCUGCCUUCUAUUAAUAAAGACGAUUGGAUUAUUCUAAAUAUUCAGCAAAGAGAUCACGAAAAAAUUCAUCCGGUGAAUCGUGCUCAGCUCAUAGCAACUGCUAUCAGAAAUGUUAAAAAUAAUCCUUCUUUUAUUGACACGCUUUUUAAAAUAUCUCUUUACCUUAAUCGAGAAAAAGAAUUCUUACCUUGGGUGCCUUUAACUGAGAUUUUGGCAAAAAUUUCAGAAGAAUAUCUUAAUACUAAUAAUGAAGAUCUGUUUGAAGAAUAUAUUCGUUUUCUUACUAAUGCAAUAGCUGAGACUAAUUUUGAGGGAGAGACACUUGAAUCUGCUCGGAUUAGAAAAGUCUUCGCUCCGGUACUUUGUGGUGUGAAGAAUAAAAAUUGUCUGUCACCGUAUUUUGUAAAUAGAGUUAUUCUAAGUUUUCUUGGCAGCAAUCGCAAUGAUGUUAAUUAUAUUAUGCAAUUCUUUUGCGAUCAUUUUGAAGACUUUGAAAAAUUUUACACCAGAAAUGAUGGUGAUUAUUUUGAGAUGUGUACAAUAGCUGUGACAUUUAAUCAAGGGUUGCCGGUUCGUGAAAGUGAAACAGAUAGUUUUCUAAUUGAAUCGGACAUUGAUCAAGAGUACGGUCAUCGUUUGCCACAAAGUACAGCACCGCGAGUGUAUGUAAUUGAAUUUGAUCCGGAUUUUAUCGGUGAAUUAUUUACAUUCACCGGUAAUAGUACAAUUAUUUUUGAAGUACUUGAAUAUACUUCAUCAGUAAUUCUCCAUAGAUCGGAUAAAAUAACAAUAGAUAGAAAUUUUACGCACCUUGUAGAUAUAAAUGGAGCGGCCAUUAAGCCGGAGAAACAAAAAUGGAGUCCGUGGAAUGAAUUUUAUAAAAUAACAUUUUCUCAAAAAUUAGAACCAGGAAAUUAUAGUUUAAAAAUGAAAUGGUCUGGUAUUGACGCGACUGGUAGCUUGUAUGAUUUUGGAUUCUUUAGACAAGGAUUUUUUCGAGCUUAUGAUAAAAUAGAAAAUGAUAAACACAAGUACCUUGUUACGACUCACUUUGAACCUUCAGGAGCUCGUAGCGCAUUUCCAUGCUGGGACGAGCCAGGAUUUAAAGCUCAGUUUGAAAUAUCCGUAAAACAUUUUCCAAAUUAUACGGCGUUAUCUAACAUGCCUGAAAAAAGUCGUCAAUUAUUACCGGAUGGCAGAAUUAUCACUCACUUUGAAAGAUCUUUGAAGAUGUCUCCUUACCUUCCUUGCGUAGCAGUAGCUGAUUACCAGGCUAUAAAAAAUCAACAUGGGAACAUAACAUUCUAUAGCUUAGAAAAUAAUUUAGAUUCACUGAAAUUCGCGCUAGAAAUCAGUGAAAAAGUUAUUUCGAUAAUGGAAGCUUAUACUGGUGUACCGUAUGCACUGCCUAAGUUGGAUCAAAUCGCUAUUUCUCAGUAUAAAGGCGGAAUGGAACAUUGGGGUCUUGUCAGUUAUGAGUCAUCAUCCGUUAAGUUAGAAAGUACCUCACCAGAUUCAGAUCUAGACAGCAAGUACAACAUACUUAUUAUUGUCGCUCAUGAACUAGCUCACCAAUGGUUCGGUAACCUAGUAACUCCUGUUUGGUGGGAUGAUACUUGGCUAAAUGAAGCUUUUGCAGCAUAUUUUGAAUCUAAAAUAAUUGAUCAGAUCUAUCCAAAUCAACAUAUAAUGGAUUACUUUGUAGUAAAUGAUGUAAAUUAUGGAUCUUAUGAUGCUGAGAAAUUGUCUUCUUCAAAAAAUGCCAAGCCGAUCAAAUGGAUGCCUAACAAUAGAAUAGACCUUAGAAAAAUAUUCAGCCCAGUCACAUAUUGCAAGGGAGCUGCUGUUAUUCAUAUGCUUGAACAUAUUCUUACGGAAGAAGUCUUUCGUGAGGGCUUGCAGCGGUACUUUAAAGCCCACCAAUUUGGAACUGUGGUGACAGAUGAUCUUUGGAAAGCUUUUCAAGAAGUAUAUGAUAAAAAGCAUGGAGACAAAUUACUGAACAUUAAGAAGACUAUGGAUCCUUGGAUAAUGCAAACUGGAACUCCUAUUGUAACAUUAACUCGCAAUUAUGAUACAGGUGAAACAAAUUUAACUCAAACAGAUUCUGGAGAUACUAAUUCUGGAAAUAAAUGGAACAUUCCAAUCAACUACGCGACUGAAUCUAAUCCAGAUUUUUCAUCUGUUUCACCUUCGACAUGGCUGAAUGAAGAAGAAGAAAUGAUAACACUGCAAAAUAUUGAUAAAGAUGAUUGGAUUAUUCUCAAUGUUCAGCAAAGAGGUUUUUAUCAAGUUAAUUACGAUCAAGAAAAUUGGCGGCGUCUUGCAGAAUUUCUUCUCAAGGAACACGAAAAAAUUCAUCCUAUUAAUCGCGCGCAACUUAUAGUUGACUCUGUGAGAUUAUUAGCUGACGAUUUAUCAUACGUAAAUGUUUUUUUUAAUAUUACGACGUAUUUGUACAAAGAAAAGAAUCUUCUGCCAUGGGCAUCAGUCGCUGAAAUCAUGGCCGCGAUGGCUCAAAUAUUUCGCAAUACAAAUGCAGAACAUCUGUACAAAAUGUACACUCUUUUUCUUACUCGAGGGAUAUCUGAAGAUGAUACCUUUGAAGAAGAAAACUUUUUUAGCGUUAAAAUAAGAAAUAUUCUUAAUCAUUUACUUUGUGACUUUGAACAAGCUCAGUGCAGGUCGCGUGCGCACCGACUUUUUAUUAAUUAUUUAGAAAAUCCUUCAAAAAAUGUUUCGGACUGGAUUAUCUGUUCGGGUCUUCAAGAAUCAAAUGAAACUAUUUGGAAAAAAUUUAUGACCAAUCAGGAUCUGUUUAGAAAGUUUUUACCUAAUUCUCAGUAUAGCUUCAUAAAAUGUAUGAGUCAAAAAGAGGAACGUGAUAAAUAUAUGACUGAAAUAAUCGGAAAUUCAACUUUGAGUUCUAUAAUAAUGUGUGCGAUGGCGAUAAUUCCUCUGGAUAGAGGACCACCUAUUUCAAAAAGCAAAUUAUCCAAGUUAAUUCAAGAAUCAACAGUGAACAAGCAAAUGAAUUAUCGAUUGCCGCAUAACACAGCACCGCGAGUGUAUGUAAUUGAAUUUGAUCCAGAUUUCAUGGGUGAAUCAUUUACAUUCAAGGGAAAUGGUUCAGUUAUUUUUGAAGUGCUUCGAUCUACACCCACGGUGAUUCUUCAUAAGUCUAAUAAGAUAAGUAUAGACAAAGACUUUACUGAACUUGUGGAUAAAAAUGAGGAAUCUUUUAAACCGGAGUCACAAAUCUGGCACGCUCAUAAUGAGUCUUAUGCAAUUAGCUUCCAAAAAAUAUUAGAACCUGGAAACUAUACGCUUAAAAUGAAAUGGACGGGUCGUGAUGCUGCUGAAGAUUGGUUUAAUCAACGCAUGGGUUUCUUCCGAGCUGUUGAUAGAAUAAGUACCUUGUUACAACUCACUUUGAACCUUCAGGAGCUCGUAGCGCAUUUCCAUGCUGGGACGAGCCAGGAUUUAAAGCUCAUGUAUCAAGCUAUUUCAAAUCAUCAAAUCGGACGAAGUAGUUCAUUUUUUGAAGAUCAAAUAAUUAACAAUGCACCUAUAGAAACGACUGGACCUUUUGCUGGAUACACAGCAUUGCAUAUAGCUUGCAUGGAUGGAAAUGAAGAAUUUAUAAGAUUAUUAGUUGAAGACUACCAUGCAAAUGUAAAUGCUGUUGCUGACGAUGGAGCUCAACCUAUUCACUUUGUGUGUUUAUUCGAACCUAGAAUGCCUGUGAAACUUUUAGGUAUUUUGUUAGACGCUGGUGCCAACGUUGAUGCUGAAAUAUUAGGAGAAAAACUUUUUACAACAUACAUUAAAAGUGACAAGUGGCGCAAUGAUUUUGGGAAUAAGAUGACUUUGUUAACUUAUUCGAUCCUAUAUCGUAAUGAUGGUUGGUUUGUGAUGGCAUUAAUCGAAUGCAAAGCAAAUUUGAAAGUUAAGAGUCUGAAAAAUAAAACACUAUUGAUGUAUGCUAUUGAGAAUAGGAAGAUGAAAAUCGCAUCUUCACUUAUAGAAAAAGUACAUGAUCAUGAAUGGAUAAACGCCCGUGACAGUGAUGAUUAUACUGCUGCCCACUAUAAAUUAUAUCCAAAAAAUGAUCCAAACUUUGUUAAGGACGACAUUAUUUCUCACGUAUUAGAUGAUCUGAAUAGCGCUCGUUUAAUUGAGGAGUUACUUGAUGCCGGUGCUGAUGUUAACGCAACCAUAAAUGAUAAUCCAAAUACUCUAUUAAUCAAUAUAGCGGCUCGCAAGCAUUAUUCAAAAACACUGGAAAAAUUGAAACUAGCACAUACAUACGAACAAAAUAUUAUUCAAGGGGAGUUAAAAACAAAAGUGCUUAAGUAUGAUGAUAAAAGUAUAACCACAAGAAUGGUAAAAUUCGAAAACUCAACAUUGAUUCCCAAUAUUGAACAAAAAGACAGAAUACUUUUUCUUGUCGCUCAUGAGCUAGCGCAUCAGUGGUUUGGUAAUCUCGUAAGUCCUGUUUGGUGGGAUGACACUUGGUUAAAUGAAGGGUUUGCUGCAUACUUUCAAAGCAAAAUAAUUGAUCAGAUUUAUCCACACUGGCACAUAAUGGACCAUUUCGUAAUUGAAAGUGUCAACCAUGAUUCUUACGACAGUGAGAGUUAUCUUCCUCAAGCAAAACCUAUAAAAUGGACUCCCCCGGGAAAAAUAGCCCUGCGCAUGGUAUUCAAUCCAGUUACCUAUCGCAAAGGGGCUGCUGUUAUUCAUAUGCUUGAACAUAUUCUUACUGAAGAAGUUUUUCGUGAGGGCUUGCAGCGAUACUUUAAAGCACAUCAAUUUGAUUCUGUGGUGACAAAUGAUCUUUGGAGAGCCUUUCAAGAAGUAUAUAAUAAAAAGCAUGAAGAUAAACCAUUAGAUAUUAAAGAAACUAUGGAUCCCUGGAUAGAACAAACGGGUACGCCAGUUGUAAAUGUCACUCGAAAUUAUGAAACUGGUGAAAUAACUUUAAUUCAAAAAAAUUCACGAAAUGAAAACCCUAAAAAUAAAUGGAGGAUACCAAUAAACUUUGCGACUAAGUCAAAUCCAGAUUUUUCGCGGACUACUCCAACCAUGUGGAUGGAAGUUGACCAAGAAGUUACUACGAUACCUGAUGUCAAGACGGAUGAUUGGAUUAUUGUAAAUAUUCAACAAAGAGGGUUCUAUCAAGUAAAUUACGACAAAGAAAAUUGGAAGCUUAUCGCAGACUAUCUUAAUUCCGAAGAUUACACCAAGAUCCAUGUAGUCAAUCGAGCGCAGCUUUUCGAUGAUAUUCACAGACUAUACUCGACUGAUAAGUCUUACCUGGAGAUCCUGGUAAACAUAACUUCAUACUUGCACCAAGAAACUGAUUAUCUCCCAUGGAUUUCCGCAGUUGACGUCAUCGUGGAAAUGCAGGAAAACAUGCGCAAUACACUUGAAGAAGAAUCCUUCGAAACUUAUAUGCUUUAUCUCACUAAUGCGGUGAUGGAUAAGCUUGGAUUUGAAAAUCGUGAAGAUGAUGAUCAUUCAGCAAUUAGAAUUAGGAGUAUUCUGGCUCCAAUAGUUUGCAGUUUUGGGCAUGCUGAGUGCAAGUUAUUUGCCAACCGAUUGUUGAAGAAAUAUUUGGAAGAUCCAUCAAAAAAUACAAUACCUUCUAGUGAUUGGGAAUGGAUUGCAUGCAAUGGUCUUAGAACAGCAAAUGAAUCACUCAGAGGACAAUAUAUGGCUUCUGAUUACGAGGAUUUUGAUAAAUUAUCUAAAUUAAGGAUUUUAAUAGAAUGCACUAAAGAUUUUCAAUUGAAAGAAGAAUACUUUUCUUCAUUAACAAGUGCUAAUUCAACAGCGGAUGCAGAAGAUAUUGAUAAAGUAUUUGAUAUUUUACUGGGAAAAAAACUUGAUGAUGUUAACUUUGUUUUGGAUUACUUUAUAGAUCAUUUUAAGGAUUUAAAAAAAUUGUAUGAUGAAAUUGAAGAUGAUGAGUACUUAAUUCCCAUUUCUAGAAUAGCUCUAGCGAUACGAACUCAAGAUCAAUAUGAAAAGUUUAAAAAUUUUGUUGAAAGCAUUAUUGUACCUGAUCUAAAAGGAAAAUCCGAUAGUCAAGGUUCGACGUUAUUGUUACAAACUUCGUUGGAGGAAAGUUUGAAUUCUAUCAACCAGUCUAAGUUGCACUCAGUUAAAUUUCAUGAACUUAUGGACAAAAAAUUUACUGAACCUAAUGUGAUUGAAAUUGGUACAGGAUUGAAAAAUUAA